GGGACCAAAAACAUUUGUCACCGAGACGUCAGUGGUCAAGCUAACAGCAUUCAUUCGUAGCCUGCGUUAGCUAAUAAAGCCGUGAGCGAAUAUGGUCUGCGGGGGGUUUACGUGUUCAAAAAAUGCUCUGUGUUCUUUGAACGUGGUAUAUAUGCUGGUCGGCCUGCUGCUGAUCGGUGUGGCAGCAUGGGGGAAAGGCUUUGGCCUGGUGUCGAGCAUUCACAUCAUCGGCGGCGUGAUUGCGGUGGGCGUCUUCCUCCUGCUCAUCGCCAUCGUGGGCCUCAUCGGAGCGAUACACCACCACCAAGUCAUGCUCUUCUUUUACAUGGUCAUUCUUUUCAUUGUGUUCCUCUUUCAAUUCGGAGUGUCCUGUUCCUGUCUUGCGAUGAACCGCGGUCAGCAGGAGGUAUUUCUGAACUCUGCGUGGGAAAUUUUGGAAAAUAAGACCAAAGCCGACUUGGAGAGUCAGCUGAACUGCUGCGGGCUGUUUGAGCAGGAUCUACAAAACUGUCCCGCUUCAUGCAAGAACACUACUCCCUGUUUCACCUGCGGGGAUAUGAUGCUCAAUCACGCCAGUGAAGCGCUCAAGAUCCUCGGAGGUGUUGGACUCUUCUUCAGCUUCACAGAGAUUUUGGGUGUUUGGCUCGCAGUGCGCUACCGGAACCAGAAGGAUCCACGAGCGAACCCAAGUGCUUUCCUAUAGACUGUCCCCGCACGUAGUAGGUGCCACAGUGGUGCACAUGCCCUUACUGACACUGGUACACAACACAGAACGGACAAGCACACGCAGCACCUGACCUGACAGCGAGAACACACAACACGCCUUCACUCGCGACUGAGCAGCUCCCGGAUACUCAUGCAUGACGGGAUGACUUGUAAUACCAGUUGUAAUACCAGUAAGGCCGACUUGCUGGUAUUGUGACCCAGCCCCGAUUUGAGUGCCCAAAUCCAACCUAGCACCCCUUGCACAGUCAAGCCGCGCCCAGCCCGGCCCGGCGUCUGACAUCUGAGGGGCAUCUCACAACUUGGCCCAUACGCACCUUCAAAUGUUCUCGUGUACAAGAAACCGUGUGUAGAUUCCACCUGCAGAUUCAGACUGGACAUGUGCAGCAGUGUAGCUUUUUGACGGAAACACAGCUCUCGGAAUCCAUUUUAGACAAUUAGUUCCUAGUCAAUCAGGUUAAAGUAUCUAUGAACUGUACUGAGCCAGCUGUCACAGACGCUCGAAUGCCAACGGACUGCGUAUCUCGUGUUGUACAUACUGUAUGUUUCAAUACUGUCCUCCAUGUAGAUCUUCCAUUUCUAGUCUCGGUUUGUCUGCACAUUUCACCUUUCUUCCUUUUGUGUUGCACAGCGAUCAUGUCAUGUCAUAUCCCCGCCUCCUGGUUAUCUGGAAGAGAUCACGAUAAUAUAUCAAUAUUUUUUACAAAGAAAAUACACGUUUGGGUAAAUCCGGCCAACUGUGCAUCAUGUAAUCAAUGUCGCUUUUUAAGUGCUUGUUGUAAAAUGCUUCUUCAUUGUGGAUCAGUCUUAGUUGUAAACUUUUUUUUUUUUUUUAAUCUUGAUACUUUGUUGGCUCAAUUGUUAAUAAUUGCCAUUACAUUCAUCAGUGUUAAACGCUUUGUAAAAAAAAAAAUGUGUUAAAUUUGUUUUUGAGAUCUAUUUCAAGUCACGCUCGAUGCACAAGUUGUGUUGUAGAUUUUGGUGUUUGAUAUGCUCAUUAAUUAUUUUAAGAUGCUUCUGAUUAGAUUAGCUUUUAACUUAAAGACCAGCGUAGCAUUUAUUUCCGUCUUACUUCAACUCGUUCACUGAGAUGCUAUGCACAUUUGCUGCUACUGGUGACACUUUUUCCUUAGCGUGUAUAGAUUUGUUGCUACCGCUUCCUUUUAUUGAUCUGCUCAGUAUUUACGACACAUAUUUUAAUUUGUGUGCACUUGCGGUUGAAAUGUGUUUUUCCCUUUUUUUUUUUUUAAUUUGGGGAUUUUAAUUUUACAAAUAUUAAAAUCUCAAACUGGAAA